UCUUUCACUCUCCUUCGCGAUCAGAUCGCCCGCAUCUCACGCCUUUCCUUCUUUCCUUUCCUUGACGCCGGCUUCUAUCUUUGGCUUGUACCACCCGCCACCAACACUCUCCCGACCCUGGGCUAAGGUUGCGGCUGCGCUCACUGGCAUUCCUAACGACCAAUCUCCUUGGGCACUCUCAUUGCGGCUCGCACACUCCUGAAGCACAACUCUCUCGCAUCGCUCUGUGCGCACCGCCAUUAAUGCUGUGACGCCUUCCACCGCGAUGCUGCCCAAGAGAGGUCAUCACUCGCAACCUGCACCGCCCGCUGGCGCCGGCCGCGAUCGAUCCUCGUCGACUCCUUCACGCGGCCCAUUGGCGCCAUGCUCAGCCUAUCGCGCUACUACGGCGGCGAAUCCACAUCUGCCCGAGACUUUCGAUGAAUGGCAACACUUCCAUACUUCGUACAAGAGGGGAGGAAGUUGGACACAGGCGCCAUUGUCGUCGUCUUCGAGGAGGCCGGUACAGCCGCCGGACAUGUUGAGGCGUCCCGGCAAUCGACGCAGUUUGACCGUCAAUGACGCUCAGUCGACUGCCACCGGUGGACAAAGGCCCACAUUCAGUGGCCCUGGCGAGAUGCUGGACCCAAUGCGCUUCUUCCUCACGGCCGGCUACCUGCCUGCUCCUCUCCCCACCCGCAAGGCACUCCAAGCUCGUCGAGCCGCUCUUAGGCAGUACGGCUUCACCAAGCCAACAUACCGCCAUGAGCUACUACGCUACGCCAAGCACGCACGCAAAGUCUUCAAAGUCGCCGCCGCCCAAUUCAUGACGCCCUGCGCCGAAGACGAUUCCAUCGUCAUGUGCGUCACUGAGGAUCUCGCUCAGCCUCGCGAACACAGCAUCCUACAUGAUCGCUCCACGUCCGUCUGUGCCCACGCCAUGCUCAACAACGACCCAGAAGUCGUAGUCAUUCCGGAUCUGGAAAAAGAUUGGAGAUUCAAAAGCAACCCGACCGUCAUCGCGAACAAAGCCCACUUCUAUGCUAGUGCUCCCAUGCUCGUCGACUCACUCGACCCAAACGACAAGACAAAGAUCUGCAUUGGCCAGCUGAGCAUAUCGGAUGGCAAGCCUCGUUACGACUUUGGAGAGGAAGAGGCAGAAAUGCUAGGCGAUAUCGCGCAGAUGGCAUGCGAGAGUCUACAACAGGAGAUUCAUCGAAUCGAAGCCGCCAGGGCCACUAGAGUUCAAUCUUCGAUUACUACGAUCGCAGACUAUAGCUGGAACAACUCAAGCUAUCAGUCGAGCGUCGCGACCGACAGCACUACGGAGGUCCACUGCGAUCUUGCCGCUCUCAUCGUUAAGACGAUCGCUGAAUGCCUGGAGGGCUCGGCAACGAUCAUCGACACGACGGCCUAUCGUCUUUCCACCGCACGCACCGCCAGCGUCGUGUCAGGCUCUCGCUCGGUCCUGUCGCCUAGCAGUGCCGGUAGUGGCAGCGCUGGCAAUCCUUCCGCUUCGCCCCAGAGAAGACAAAGAACGCGCGACUUCAGCUCCGGGUGGUCCUCACAUUCGACCUCUCUCAGCGCAGACGAGACUUUCGUGUCGCCCCCAUCUUCAUCGCACGCGACUACGCCCGACGACGCUCCUUACGAGUUCAGCAGCAGUAGCGGGGGCGACGGCGGCGGCCCAAGUACCAGCAGCAGCAGUAGCAGCAGCAGCUUCGGAGGAGGUGGUGGUGGAUCAGGCCGGAUCUCGCACUCGCGUUCAUCAUCGCGCAACCUCUUCGGCAAGGGCGGGACCGCGUCCGGUACCAGCUGGGAAGACGGCCAAUACAUCGCGCAGAUCGACCCUGCCCACAAGCCCACAAUCUUCGCAUCUGACGGCGAUCCCAGGCCAGUGCACGUCAGUGACGCUCGAGGGCGUGCGGCCAUGGGUCGCCUUCUGGCAGAGUGGCGUCGCGAGAGGGACUUUCACGGUCCUGUGCGUGGCGGUCAGUCGAUGCGCGGACCUUACCUUACGCAGGCAAGUGGACCGAGUUCCAUGUCCUCGCCGUCCGAGGAUGAUUUUGCUGUAGGCGAGGAAAGCGCAUCGCCCAUUAGUCCCAAGGCUCACAGCAUGAUGGACCCUCUGGGCUGUCUUUGGGAUCCAGCAAACAAGCCCGCAAUGUACGUGGCGAACCCUAUAACGGCCGACGCGGAGGACCCUCAGGCUACAUUCCUCAUCAUUGUCGCUUGGAACGACGUGAAAAUUCUGCAGAAGACCGACUACAACCUUCUCACGGCGGCUACGAGAAUUCUUGAAGCGUCGCUCCUCCGACAACGUGCCCGCCUUGCGGACCGUACGCAACUCGACUUCGUUCGCAGCAUCCAGCACGAGAUGCGUACCCCCCUCAACGGCAUCAGCGGCGUCACCGAGCUCCUACGAGCAAGUGUCGCUGCGGGCGGUCGAGAUCUAGACAUGAGCCCAGACGGCUUUCUCUCUGGCUGUCUCGAAGGUAUUCGCCUUGCAGCUGGCAACGUCAGCUCCAUCCUGGAUGAUGUACUCGACUUUGGUGACCUCUCUGGCAUUCGUUCGGCAUCGGCUGCUGCUGCUCGACUGGACGAGGCGUUCCUUGCGAGCCUCAUCGAAGACGUCGGGCAAGAAGAGGUAGAGGUGGCGGCCAUAACUCUCCGCCACAGCGCCGAGCUUGCUCCAGCCUCUCAGCGAGAGAACCUCGAUGUGCGUCCACCAGACUUCUUCGUCUCCAUCGACCCCAGCCUACGCGGCCGAUUCCGUGUUGAUCGACCCUCGAUGCGCAAGAUCUUCCGCAAGCUGUUGCACAACGCCUUCCGUUUCACGACGCGAGAGCCUGGCGUCGGCGGCUUCGUUGAGGUCAAAAUCAGACCUGCAGAGCGAGAUAAGAAUGACGUAGAAGAGGGUGAUGAGGGAGGCGCCGGCGGCGAUGGUAGCGCAACGGAGUCAGCCAUGACCUCCUCAAUGUUUGACGAUGGUGGGGCUAGCAAGGAAGUCUGGGUCGCAUUCGAGUUCAUUGACUCCGGUUGCGGGAUGGAUGCGACUUUCCUUCGCAACAAGUACCUGCAGCCCUUCGCCAAGGCAGACCCCUUCAAGCAGGGAACGGGACUGGGCGGAGCAAUCGCUGCUGGAUUGACGCAGCGCCUUGGAGGGCACAUGGACGUGAAUUCGGAGCCAGGAAAGGGCACACAGGUCACCAUCGUUCUGUCACUGGUGGCACUCGCUGAUACAACGGGAGCGGGCUCAGCCUCGGCCUCGGGCUCGGGCUGCAGCUGCAGCUGCAAGAGCAAGGGCCCUUUGGCCGUGAGCUCUGCGCAUUUCUUCGGCUUCGACGACACCCCAGGAGGGGACCGCAUCGAGGAGAUGUUGCGCGCCUUCCUCCAAGACCACGGCGUCAGCUGCCGCAGCGAUGCGCCACAAGAGGCGGACGUGAUCGUCUCGUUAAGCUCCUUCCUCUCAAAGCGCUACCCGGCUGGCUGUGAUGAGCGCCUACCCUUCACUGCAAAAGAAGGGGCCCGCUUCGUUGUUGUUAGCUCGGACCCUCUACAGCGCUCGGCCAAGCUGGCAUGUAUGGAGCAGAUGAUGCGGGGAGGUGUAGGAGCGGUCCAUCUAUUCCAGCCACCCUUCGGGCCCGCGAGUCUGGCGACUCUGCUGGAGUUUCUGCAGGAUCCCAAACCGUUUGUGCUUCGCGAGCCCCCCGCGCACUACCAUCACUCCAACCAGCAGGAACAGGGAGAAGAGAAGAACGAUGCCCAGCCUCCGCCACUCUCGCCGGCUGCAAUGCGUGAUGCUCAAAAGACGACGCCAGAGGACGCUGACGAGGAGGUCGUGACGCCCACGCCCAACUCGGCGGUGCAGGCGGUCAAGGAGGCGGGCAGAGAAGAGGAGGCCGCGCUCACACAGGCCGAGAGCAAAGCUGACAGCGAGGGCAAAGCGUCCGGAGGCAAGGAGGAAGAUCUCGACGACGAGUUUCGCGUUCUCGCCGUAGAGGACAAUCCCACCAACAUGAAGAUCCUCACUGUUGUCCUCCAACGUCUCGGCAUCAACUACGCCGAAGCGCACGAUGGGGGCGAAGCCAUCACGAAAUACAAGGCGUAUCGCCCACACCUGGUCCUGCUAGACAUCUCGCUACCAGUGGCCGAUGGAUUCCAGGUCUGCAAGGAGAUGAGGGCUCACGAGCAUGACGCGGCCGAUAGCGCGGCCGAGACUGCCGAUGGGGCUAUCGACGCCGUAGUCGACGUCGGAUCGUCCGUCGUGGCUUCCAAUAAGCAGCGAUUCGCCGUCGGCGGCGGUGGCGCCGGCAAUGAAUCCACCGAGUCUGAGCAGACGGGCGAUGCGAGCAGCCUCGCUCCCUCAACAGCGCCCACCACUCUCUCUUGGACCUACCGCCGACCACGCAUCGCAGCCGUCACGGCUCUCAGCUCAAAGGAAGACCAGCGCAAAGGCCUUGAGCUAGGCAUGGACGAGUGGCACACCAAGCCGCUUGCUCCUCGCGCGCUGACUACACUGCUGAAGGCGUGGAAGCAGGAGUGGGAGGAGGAGAAGGAGGAGAGGCGCAGUAGGACUGCGAGUGAGGGGAGUGGGGGAACCGGCGGAACGGCGGUAACAGCAGGGACGGGUGGGUAGGCAGGCAGGCAGGCGGGCCGCCUCAGAGGGCCGCAUUGAGCCUUAGGAGGACGCAUACCAUCAUCAGCCGACUAGACGAAGGCAUUUCUCGUCACCAGAUACGCCUCACCAUCUUUCCGUCAUCAUCCCAGUCCCUUACCCACCUCUGGACCGCUCGCAACCCGGCAUAUCACGUCACCGAUCUAUCAAUGCUUUGUUGUUCUUGUCUACACUUUUCGUUCGCUUCUGCUUCCCUUCUCUGGCCCUUCGCCGCUACUUUGUGCUGUUUGCUGUUCAGAAAGGGCAAUUGAAUUGUUGAAUCACAGCAUUGCAAGGCAUUGCCUGGCUUGUCAGCC